AUCAAACAUAAACACAUUUUCCCUCUUUCUUUCAUAGCCUCUUCUCUCUUCUGCAAAACCCUGCUUAUAGAAGUUAGAAAUCAGAAUGAACGAAAACGGCGUCGUAGCGCUCAACAAGAAAGAAAGAGAAAAAGAAUUGCAAAAGGAAGAAGACGAAAUCGUUUGCUUAGAUGCAUCGUUCUUCAUGAAUGACGAUUACCAGCUUACGGAAUUCACAUUUGGCUCUCAAAAUAUUCAGCUCUUCUGUUUGCAAUCUGCUUCCACUGACUUCGAUUUGACAGGGCAGCUGGUAUGGCCUGGAGCCAUGUUGCUGAAUGAUUAUCUAUCAAAACAUAUUGAGAUGUUUCAGGGUUGCACUGCCAUUGAAUUAGGUUCUGGUGUUGGUAUUACUGGAAUACUUUGCCGCAGAUUCUGCAAUAAAGUUGUGUUGACAGACCAUAAUGAAGAAGUGCUUAAGAUCAUAAAGAAAAAUAUAGAGCUGCAUUCAUGUCCCGAGAAUAUUAGUCCUACUUCUAAUGGAUUAGUGGCAGAGAAACUAGAAUGGGGAAACACUGAUCAGAUCCAUGAAAUUUUACAAAAACAUCCUGGAGGUUUCGACUUCGUUCUUGGAGCUGAUAUCUGCUUUCAGCAGUCAAACAUCCCUUUGCUGUUUGAUACCGUUAGACAGCUCCUGCAAGUUAACAAAGGCAGAAAAUGCAAGUUCAUACUAGCCUAUGUAUCACGAGCUAAGAUGAUGGAUUCGAUGAUUAUUUCUGAAGCUUCUAAGUUUCAGAUGCAGAUGAAGGAAGUGCCUAAAACAAAGUGUAUUGUUGGGAAUCAUGAAGGUGUCAUCUAUGAGAUUACACUCAAGUAGAGCAUUAAGUUAAAUAUAGUUUGAGGUUUCCAGAAGCAGACAUGGCAUAUGAAAACCAGAACUGAUUUGACUUGAGCAUUGGCUAGUGUUUUGGUUCGAACUGAAAGGUACUCUCAACCCUACCCUUGUCAAUCAUUGCAGAUAACAGAGUAAAGAUGACUCAAGAAAUCCAUGGGUUUGAUAUGGAAAGGAAGAUGUAAAAUAUGCACGAAAGAGAGCCUAUUUGUAGUGUCUAUCUUGCAAAAUGUCUUUUUCAUUGUGUAAGGAAAACAUAAACAACUACUGAAAAUUUUCAACACAAAUUGAUGUGAAUGAUUGGUGGCUAUAUUCCAACUGUUUUUGGAUUGAUUGAAUUUUGUGUUGGUUCAAGUCCUGGAAA